AUGAUCGGCUUGAUGUUUUACUUGGAAUGGGAUUUCACCUUGAUCGCCCUGGCGGUCACCCCGUUUAUGCUCUUGUUCGUAGGCCGCUUAAAGCGUGCCGUCAAGACUGCCACUGUUGAAGUGCGAAAAAAACAAGCACAAGUGAUUGCUGUGGCCACACAAGGUUUAGGUGCUGAGCGCUCCAUUCAAGCUUUUGACCGCCAAGACCUGGAAAGCCGGAGAAUGAUGGCCAUCAGCUAUGAAACGGUUAUGGCAGCCCUCAAAGCACGGGCAUACAAGGCCUUGAUGUCCCCUAUCGUCUCCAUCAUUGUGGCCGGCUGUACAGGUGUGGUGCUGUGGUUGGGAACCAAACAGGUACUGGCCGGUGCGAUGACCGUAGGGGGUUUGACCGUCUUUUUGGCUUAUCUCAAACAGUUUUUUAGCCCCGUCAAAGACUUGGCAACCAUGAGCAAUACCAUUGCGCAAACCACGGUCAGCUUGGAGCGUAUCUACGACAUUCUGGACUCCGACGAUAUGAUCCCCGAAAAACCAGAUGCCAAACUACCACCAAAAGCGAUGAAAGGGGAAAUCGUUUUUGAAGACGUGGCUUUUGCCUAUGAACCCGACAACCCUAUUUUGCGCGGCGUAAGCUUUACCGUCAAACCCGGUCAAAUGGUUGGUGUUGUCGGCUCUACUGGGAGUGGAAAAUCGACCAUUGCUAGCCUUAUCCCACGCUUUUAUGACCCCACACAAGGCACCGUCAAAAUUGAUGGCACAGAUGUGCGUGAUUUUCAGUUGCAUCCUCUGCGUCAACAAAUUGGCUUUGUCUUGCAAGAAACCGUCUUAUUCAAAGGCACCAUACGCGAGAACAUUGCUUACGGACGCCGAGAUGAGGUCAGCGACGAAGAAAUUAUUGAAGCGGCAAAACUCGCCAAUGCACAUGAAUUUAUUGUACAAAUGCCCGCCGGCUACAACACCCCUGUAGGAGACCGUGGUGACACUAUGUCUGGCGGACAGCGCCAGCGCAUUGGCAUUGCCCGUGCCAUGAUACGCAAUAACCCCAUCAUGAUCUUGGAUGAACCCACUGCCGCACUGGACACCCAAAGCGAAAAAGCAGUCAUGGAAGGUCUGCGCUCUCUCAUCAAGGGGCGCACUGCGAUCACUAUUGCACACCGUUUAUCAACCAUACGCGAAGCAGACAAUAUCAUUGCGCUAGACAAAGGUGUCAUCAUCGAACAAGGCACUCACCAAGAGCUCAUGACACUUAACGGUUUUUAUGCCAAUCUUUAUCGCAUUCAGUUUCCAGAUGAAGGCGCCUCGCCUACUGCAUCUGCCGCACCCGCGACCACCAGCGCCUAA